AUGGAGAAAUUCUCAACUUGGAGGGAUGCUGGUACGGGAAUUCAGCCGUUUCUACCACCUGUUCCAUCGCGCAAGGAUUCGGACAAUGUUACAAAAAUUGCUACUGCAAUCGGAUAUGUGUUAAAACCUGUUAUCGGGAUUCUCAAAUUAUCGUUGGUAUUAGUCACCUCCUUGUUGUUAUUUCUUCUGGUUGACGUUAUAUGCUUGGUCUUGAAACCUAUAAAACCUGUUCAUAGAAUCAUCCAUUACCUGUUCAGCGCAAUUUUAACGCGUUUAAUUCUCUUUUUUAUGGGGUUUUAUUGGAUUCGCUCGGAAAUCGUUUCAUCUUUAACAAAAGGCCGAGGGAUACCUAAGGCGCGUGAACGCACAAAUAAACGUGGUGGUGUUGAUGCAGGCGAUAUUAUCGUUUGUAAUUGGGUAUCAUAUGUAGAAAUAUUUUAUCUGACCUUUAGGUUUGAUCCUAUUUUUACGCAAUAUUAUCCCGCCACCAACACCUUGCGGCCAAUAUCCUUAUGGAAAGCGAUUUGGACAACUGGAUCGUAUCCAAAUCUUGACCCACCAAUAGAAACGGAAACAUUCACGCUUCAAGAGUUGAUUAAUUAUGCUAAGGCGAAGCGAUCAAGACCAAUUGUUAUAUUUCCUGAGGGAACUACAUCUAACGGUAGAGCACUGUUGAAAUUCAAUCCUAUAUUUAAAAAUGUAUCGAUACCUGUCAAUGACUUUAAAAUUCAUAUAUUUACAGUAAGAUAUGACUUUGAGAAUUUUUCUCCGACAUAUACGGUAGGAAAUAAAUUCUGGCACUUUAUUAGACUAUGUAGUCAGUUCAUUAACACACUUCAAAUAAGAUCUCUCAUUUCCGAUGAAUCAUCUUUUUCUCGAUACUUUGCACCUACCGCACAACCUUCAAUUCCAGCAACAACACCAGAUGAUAUUGUAGGUUCACAGGUGUUAAAUUACAUGUUACAAGUUGGUAGAUUUCGUAAAACAGGGUUGGGUCUAGUAGAAAAGAAAGAAUUCUUAAACUUUUAUCGAGAAAAAGCAUCGGGCGGUUAUACAAAAAAAAAUAGAUAA